AUGCUGGUUCUGGAACUGUGGAUGAGGUUACGUAGUAUCAAGGCGUACCUCCUGGACGACAUGUACCAUGCUUCACUUCUAUUUCAACAAGUGGCUCCACUAUAUGGUUCACCAGUCGAAAGACUGGAUCACCUUCGGGAGGCAUUCGUAGCCUUGCGACGAGCGGUUGAGGAAAUGGAGGAACACUUUGGACUACCCAUCGCUAUCGACAUCACCCAGUGUGUGCUCGGUGCCACCUGUAGUGCUUACGAGCUGCUCGUCAUCUUCGUGAAGCCACAACUUGCGGAUUACCUGUCGUACAGUAAGUCAUGGAGCACGGCGAUGCUGUGGCUCGCUUUCCACAGCCUCAAGCUGGUGGCGAUGGCGCUGUCGUGUGCGGCAGCUGAGAACGCGGCCAGACGCACCACUGUGCUUCUCAGGAGGUUGCCGGUGCUGCCAUCUGGACACUGGGCAGCAGCGGACUCUUUGUUCUUUACCGCCGCUGGAUUCGUAAAUAUUGACCGCCGUUUGCUGGUGUCUGUCCUCGGGACCGUCAUUACAUACCUUGUAAUUAUUGGUCAGUUCACUGUCAACAACUGA